ACGCCCACUGAUUUGCAACUAAAUAAAAAGCUUAUGAAUUAUGGAUAUUUCCUAUAAAAUGACGUCAAAAAAACAGGAAUGAUUCAUAAAAAAAGUUAUGAAUCGACCCCAGACGAACUCAGCUGAUUACGCUGGUACUCGACACUUUCUGUUAAUGUAGCAGGAACACGGAUUGGCCGCGGACCAGUGAAGAUUCGUCCACCAGCAAAAUUUAUCCUUUGUGUCAAGAUGGCGACCGGCUGUUGUGGAGUGAAACGGCAGAAAGUCUCCGCGCCUUCCGACCGAAAUGACCGGUCGGACCGCUGCGAAAAGGGCGACCGUUGCUCCCAUCCUAACCACGAUCACCGGCCAAGCACGAGCUCCGGUUGUGGUGACCCACAGCGGGCCCUUCAACCGAAAAUGAACGGUUAUCAUCACGCUUACUCCGGCGGUGGGCACGGCCACAACAGUCACAGUGGCCACCAAAACAAUUCCAACCACCGAAUAGUGUGUGCCGAGAUGUGUUUUUUCUGUUUCGAUGUUUUGUAUCGCCACUUUCACAUGUUGAAUGGCGAACCGCCGAGAGUGCCCACAUUUACCGAUGCUCCAUUUCCCUUGUUUGUGACGUGGAAGAUCGGGAAGGACAAGCGUCUACGUGGCUGUAUAGGAACCUUUACUGCCUUGAAUCUACACGAUGGCCUCAGGGAAUAUGCAAUCUCUAGUGCUUUUAAGGAUAGUCGUUUCCCGCCUGUCAAUAAGGAGGAGAUAUCCCGUAUGUCAUGCUCCGUCUCGCUGCUACGUCACUUUGAGGAGGCGCGAGACUAUGAAGAUUGGGAGGUCGGCGUCCAUGGUAUUCGCAUAGAAUUCUACAACGAGAAAGGUCAGAAGAAGACUGCUACUUACCUUCCAGAAGUAGCCUCGGAACAGAAUUGGAACAAAGAGCAGACGAUAGACUCGCUGCUACGCAAGGGCGGCUACAAGACGCCUAUCACCAACGACUUCCGCAAGACGAUACGGGUGACCCGCUACCAGAGCGAGAAGAUCUCGGUCCACUUCAGCGACUACGCCGAUCACUUUCGUCAGAACGGGCGGGUUUAAUGAAUGGCAGCCACAAGCGCAAACUCUGUGGGGGAGGAGGGGCCUCAGGCACACGUGCACGGCACUCGUGAUAAUCGGCGUCGUGUUCGCGAUUUACUUUCUCAACUGAGCUUUUUUUGUUAAGUGCGGUAUUGUCGGGGAGGCCAUUACAAGUUCUUCAGUCUUAAAGUCAAGUCCCAAGCAAUUUGUGACAAAAGCAUUCCUUUGUCAGUGUGUUCAUCCCCAGCUGCUCGUGACUGGACUUGAGAAAGGACUUGGGAUUUACUUUUUGACCGGACUUGUGAUGGACUUGACUCCAAAACUGUCCAAGCAGUGGGAUAGGU